AUGUGCGCGAUUAGAUACGGCAGCGAGCGCACCGGCCGUGCCGCUGCACCGGACUCGGCGGGACGAGGCGCUCCGCUCGACGGAGUCACUCGAGCAGGGAGCCAGCGGGGCCACAAGCCCCCGACUGCGGCCACGGCCAUGAGGAGCAAGGACCGCCUUGACGAGCUGCGCCAGCUGGCGGAGAGCGCGGGAGGCACGGGAGUUUACCAAGACACCGUUUUGGAGCUGCCGCCACCACAACUCGCCAAAGACAUCGAGGAGCUCCUGCAAGAGGUGGAGGCGAUAUGCAAAUGGAUAAACGAGCUGAACAGCAACACGCAGCUGAUCCGUCGCCUGCACUCCGACCCCACUUACCACACCAACAAGCAGGUGCAGGAGCAGCUGGAGGCGGCGGUGACGCGCUCGCACGCGGCGGGCCUGAAGCUGUGCGGGGCGCUGAGGCAGCUGGAGGCGCGCGCGCGGGCGCGGCGCGGCGGCGACGCGGGCGGCCGCAUGGCGCGGAUGCAGUACGCGGCCGCCAGGAGGCGCUACGCGGACGCGCUCGCCGACCACGCGCAGCUGCUGCAGCUGCUGCACGACGACCGCGCGCGCCUGCUGCACGAGCAGAUCAAGCUCACAAACCUCACUCUCACGGACGAGGAGUGUGAAAAUCUUCUUGAUUCCAACAACAUUUCCCUCUUUGUUGGCAAUGUCCGUGCGGAGACGGCGGAGGCGAAGCGCAUGCUGCGGGAGGCGGAGGCGCGGCGCGACGACCUCGCGCGCCUCGAGGGUGCGCUGCGCGACGUGCACGGCCUCUUCCUGCAGCUGGCGCACCUCGUCGCGCAGCAGCAAGAGCAAAUCGACAGCGUGGAGUACUUCGCGCUACAAGCGACUGAGCAUGUAGAGAGCGGUGGUCAAGAGCUGCUUAAAGGUACAGUCAGCCGCCGGAAAGCCAAAAAGAAAAAGUUCGGGCUGAUCAUCUGUUUGGCUUCGGGAUUCCUCAUUGUGCUGUUCGUGCUAAUCUACACG